AUGAAGACUGAAGCCAAGUUCCUGGAGCUGGAGAAUGGGGGGCUGCUGCCCAUCAGGGAGUCCGGCUCCAACACAAGCUGUUUCUGGCGGGCUGUGUGUGCACUCGCUGUCCUCGGCUUGUUGCUGCUCUCUACCUCUCUCCUCCUGCUACAGUUUGGAGUGCUCCCUACAAACCAGGAAACACUGAACUCAACGCCUGUCCCAGGACAGAAAAUGGAGAGUUAUUCAGCUGUGACAGGACUCCCUGUGAGGAACGGUUUGCCCCAACUCCUGCAGCAGGUGGGGAGUGACCCCCGGCCGAGAAUCGCAGCUCACCUGACAGCAUUGCAAACCAAAGGAGGAGCCGUGAUUUGGCAGAAUGAGAGUGACUCCACCUUCGCCGAGGGGCUGGAGUUCAGGGACAACCGUCUCAUCAUCAAGAGGCCUGGACAGUACUUUGUCUACACCCAGGUGGUCUUCCACAGCAUGGAGUGUCAGCCCCAGGCCGUCUACCUGAGCCACGAACUCACCAAGCUGUCGCCAAAUUAUCCCGAGGAAGCCAUCCUACUGAAAGCCACCAAAUCCGCCUGCCACUCUCACCAACGCAAGGAGCCCUGGUACAAAACCUCCUACCAGGGAGCCAUCUUUGAGUUCCUGGAGGGAGAUCAGAUCUUCUCCAGGGUUGACGAGGAGACAACGGGAUAUGUAGACACAACCGAAGGGAAGACUUUCUUUGGAAUAUUUGCUGUGUAA